GGAUUCCGUAGCUCAGAGUCGCAGUUCUUAGCUAAGUGCUUCCGGGUUGCAUCCCGGGAAAGCUUCAGGGGUGUUGCCAGUGGAACCAAGCCCCGGCGGGAUCAGUAAGUAGGAGACCGAACCGAGCCUGAGCGUCUGCCUUUAGUCCCCUCCUUUGAUUCCUUGAAGGCCCUGGUACAGCUUAGCAGGAGGGCCCAGAAUGUCUGGGUCCCCAGCCCUAUGACUCAGGGGCUCAUGCCUAGUUUCCUCUCCCAGGAUUUUGACUCAGUUCAGCGAGCUCACCUCCCCGUCUGAGAGAUGAGGAAACCGAGUCCUAGAGCCCAGCCCCGAGGCGCGGUUUACCAGGCCCCGUCCCCUCCCCCGGGUUCCUCUCGGGUGGCACAGACCCUCUGUGUCCCCUGUCUUGGGUCCAAGGUCCCGAACAGAUAUUGGCCUCAGGCACAUCCCCCUCAGUCACCCUCUACUGGUCUCCCUGACUGUCUACAGGCCUGGGCAGCAUGGCUUUAUUCCGGUCGGGCCUCCUGGUGCUGACGACGCCGCUGGCCUCCCUGGCCCCUCGCCUGGCCCCUAUCCUGACCUCUGCGGCCCGGCUCGUGAAUGAGACACUCUAUGUACACCUGCAGCCGGGCAUGAGCCUGGAGGGCCCAGCUCAGCCCCUGUCCACCCCCGUGCAGGCCACAUUUGAGGUUCUGGAUUUCAUCUCGUACUUCUAUGCUGGCGCCAACGUGCACCCGCACCUGGACAUCAGAAUUCUGCUAACCAAUAUCCGAACCAAGAGCGCCUUUCUCCCUCCCCUGGCCAGCUCCGUUCAGAAUCUGGCCCACCCGCCGGAGGUGGUGCUGACCGACUUCCAGACCCUGGAUGGAAGCCAGUACAAUCCGGUCAAGCAACAGUUGCAGCGUUAUGCCACCAGCUGUUACAGUUGUUGUCCAACACUUACUUCAGUGCUGCUGUACCCUGAUUAUGAGUCUGGAGAACUGCCUGUGGAGGUCUCCUUACCCUCCACCAUCAGGCCAUCCUCCCCUGUGGCCAGAUCUCCAAAGCAGCCGGUGCGUGGCUACCAUCGUGGGGCUGUGGGUGGCACGUUUGACCGCCUGCACAAUGCCCACAAGGUGUUGCUCAGUGUCUCCUGCAUCCUGGCCCAGGAGCAGCUUGUGGUGGGAGUAGCAGACAAAGACCUUUUGAAGAGCAAGUUGCUCCCUGAGCUGCUCCAAUCCUACGCAGAACGUGUGGAGCAUCUGAGUGAGUUCCUGGUGGACAUCAAGCCCUCCUUGGCUUUUGAUAUCAUCCCCCUGCUGGACCCCUAUGGGCCUGCUGGCUCUGACCCCUCCCUGGAGUUCCUGGUGGUCAGCGAGGAGACCUAUCGUGGGGGGAUGGCCGUCAACCGCUUCCGCCUUGACAAUGACCUGGAGGAGCUUACCUUGUUCCAGAUCCAGCUAAUGCAAGACCUAAGCCACAGGGAGAAUGAAGAGGACAAAAUCAGCUCCUCCAGCGCCCGCCAGCGAAUGCUGGGAAACCUGCUUCGGCCUCCAUAUAUGAGGUCAGAGCUCCCUGCUGGUCUCUACGUGAUUGGGCUGACAGGCAUAAGUGGCUCUGGAAAGAGCUCAGUAGCUCAGCGGCUGAAGGGCCUGGGGGCGUAUGUCAUCGAUUGUGACCAGCUGGGCCAUCGGGCCUAUGCCCCGGGUGGUCCUGCCUACCAGUCCGUGGUGCAAGCCUUUGGAACAGAUAUUCUCCAUAAAGAUGGCAUUAUCAAUAGGAAGGUCCUGGGCAGCCGGGUUUUUGGGAACAAGAAGCACCUGAAGAAGCUCACGGACAUUAUGUGGCCGGUUAUCGCAAUGCUGGCCCGAGAGGAGAUGGAUCUGGCUGUGGCUGAGGGAAAGCAGGUAUGCGUGAUUGAAGCUGCCGUGCUCCUUGAAGCCGGCUGGCAGAGCAUGGUGCAUGAGGUGUGGACCAUUGUCAUCCCUGAGACUGAGGCUGUACGACGAAUUACGGAGAGGGAUGGCCUGAGUGAGGCUGCAGCUCAAAGCCGGCUGCAGAGCCAGAUGAGCGGACAGCAGCUUGUGGACCAGAGCCACGUGGUGCUAAGCACCUUAUGGGAGCCGCAUGUCACCCAGCUCCAGGUGGAGAAAGCCUGGGCCCUCCUGCAGAAGCGCAUAAAUGCCAUCCAGCCAUUCUGAUAAUGAGUUUUCUGUGGGGCCAGAUUGGCCCCUGGAGCUGACAAGAGACCAUCCAGUGGUGAGGAGGAAUGGGGGCUUCCAUGCUCACCCUCGCUUUGGCCUAGAGGGCUCUGGGCUAAGCUGGGUGGGGCUGGGCCUGGUGGACACAGGAAGCCCACCCAGCUUGCAGGUGUUUGACCAACACGGAGGAUGUGGCCCAUGGGGCAACAGGCCCCUCUGGCAUUCCAACCCCAUUCUUGCCUACAGGUGUCUGUGAUACCUAAGGCUAGUAGGGGAGAAAGGGGGGAAAGGGCAAACAAUGAAACUUGUAACAGAAUUAAAGGUUGAUGUUUCCAGG